CCAACCAAAACCCGUACACAGAAAUGUUGAGACCUCUCCUCUCCCAAUAGCUGCAAAUGACCUAGAGCGUUGUCCACAAAUAACCAGAGAUUUCCGAGCAUCUGUAUAUGUAUAGCAUGAAGACUGUAAACUUUAGGUGUAGUUCUCAUGCAUGCCGAUAAGCGCAAAGUGUUGGCCUUGCUCAACUUAUAGGUUCGCUCUGUUCCAGGAAACCAGAGAAGCACGUUGAACCUGCACUCGAGAAGUUGGCGAGUCUUGAUCUGCCUGUAGUUCCAUACAUGCCCCAGGCGUUGUAGCUAUACACAAGUAGCUAGAACUCCAUAGGUCCAGGAGAAGACAGAAGGGAGCCGGAUGCUUCAGCUGCCGGGAAGGUGUUGUGAAGGGCGGCUGUUCCUCUGUGCGUGACAGUGCCAUGUAGAGGCAACCUAGGGGGGGAACGGAGAUGCGUUCAGGGACUCGUGGGUAACUGGAGCCCGACUGACCGGGGAGAAACGUUACAUGAAUGUCCAACGGAGGCAGGUUCGAGUUUGACGAUGGUGGCUGCUAUGUGGGCGACUGGGAGGAGGGCCGGGCACACGGCUACGGGGUAUGUACAGGCCCCGGAGCCCAGGGGGAGUACAGCGGGCGUUGGAGCCGUGGCUUUGAGUCGCUGGGCGUCUACACCUGGCCCAGUGGCAACACCUACCAAGGCCACUGGAGUCAAGGCAAGCGCAGCGGACUGGGCGUGGAGCGGAAGAGCAAGUGGGGCUACAAGGGAGAGUGGAGCCACGGGCUAAAAGGGCGCUUGGGCGUCUGGGAGAGCCACUCGGGAGUGAUCUACGAAGGCAUGUGGCGCGAGGGCCUGCAGGAUGGUUACGGCAUGGAGACUUACGCCGACGGAGGUACCUACCAGGGCCAGUGGCAGUCUGGGAAGCGUCACGGAUACGGAGUGCGCCAGAGCGUCCCCUAUCAUCAAGCGGCCCUGGUCCGUUCCCCGCGCCGCACUUCUUUGGAAUCGCUCCACAGUGAAACUGAUCCCAAUGCUCCUCCGCCGCCUCUCCCACCACCUCCUCUUCCUCCUCUGCCGCUCCCAGGGGACAGUCCGGCUUCAGGAUCCAGGGGUGGUUUUGUCUUGGCCUUCCCUGGAGACCCAGACUUCCCUAAGGGAGCCAAGAAGAAAACAGGGGGCUUUUUCCGGCGUUCGCUGCUCCUGAGCGGGCUAAGGGUCCGGAGGGCUGAGUCCAAGGCCUCCUUGGGGAGCAAGCGGGGGUCCCUCAAGAGCGAGGCGGGGGUAAGUUCAGCCGGGAGCGAGGCUACCACGCUCAGCUAUGCCGAGACAGAACCUGAGCUGCCUUCAACCUUGACCAUUGAGGGCUCUUCUACCGAAGUGUAUGCUGGAGAGUGGCGAGCCGACCGGCGCAGCGGCUACGGGGUGAGCCGGCGCUCCAACGGGCUGCGGUAUGAGGGGGAAUGGUUAGGCAACCGCCGGCACGGGUACGGGCGCACCACCUACCCGGAUGGCUCCAAGGAAGAGGGCAAAUACAAGCUCAAUCGUUUGGUGAGCGGCAAGAUGAAGAACUUGAUCCCGCUUCGUCGAAGCAAAGUUAAAGAGAAGGUUGACCGGGCUGUGGAGGUGGCCAGGAGAGCUGUCAGCAUGGCGCGGCAGAAGCAGGAGGUGGCCAUUGCCAGGGCUGCCGAUGCUCGCCUGAAGGCAACUGCUGCGCUCGGUGCAGCUGAGAAGGCCCUGGAAGCUGCCCGUCUGGCCAAAAUUCUGGCUCAAGAACUGCAGCCCAUCCUAACCGAGCCAGAGCCGCGGGCCCGGUUGGAUUCAGAAGGCACCGACACGGACUUCCAGGAGUACGACAGCCCCCAGGUCUACGAGAACGGCAUCACCCCCUCCGACGUGACCCCUGACCCGAGCCUACCACCCAGUUACCCUCCAACCCCUCUGCGGCUCUGGCGGGGGGACCCCCGGCGGACUUGGCCCCCCUUGGAGAACGGGGGCCCUCGCCAGCACCUCCCGGAGGCCUCCGACCCCGAGGACGAGUGGGGCUGCCGCGGCAGCUUCCCGUCUCAAACACCGGGAUUUGCCCCCGAGGGGCUUUGGGAGGGGGAGGAGGAGCAGGAGCAGCUGAGCAGCUACGAGGCGGAAGACGGGGGUUACGCGGGGGGCCCCCGGCACCCUCCGAUGGGCAGCCCGGCCAGCGGCAGCUCUGGCAGCCUCCGAGAAGAGGAGGAGGAAGAGGAGGAGGAGGAAGCUGUGACCGCCAGGCCUUAUCCUGGGGAGACCCCGGAGGAACCAGCACCGGCGGGAGUUCCUGGGGACCCAGAACCAGAGAGUGAAGAACCGCUCGGGGGUGCCGGGGCUUCCACGGUGGACAAAGGAGAGGCCCUAGGAGCUGUGUGGAGAAGGGAGAGACAGGGAGCUAACCCGUUGGUCGUCGCUGCCAUCCUGUUGAUUGACGUGAGUCUGGCGUACCUGUUCUCUCUUCUCCUCACUUGAGACGGGGGGAGGGCAAGGGGGGUCACUUUAGACCCCGUUUCGCUC